UGCGUCUGUGGGGUUGGUUGGGCUAUUAAUUUGUUUAUAAUUUUAAUAAAAUAUUUACAAUUGGACUAUGGAAAGUUGUUUAUUAUGUUUGGAAACAUACAAGGAGCUUGCCGACUGCAUAAGUAUAAUUUCAAAUGAAAAACAGGAACUGGAUAUUAAAAACAUCGUAGAGAAACAUUUAUGGACCAUGAACCAUAUGGAGACACAUUCCUGGUUAUGUACUUCUUGCUGGAGAGAAUUAUAUGAAUUUCAUAAAUUUUAUUUGCGUAUAGAAGAUGCUCACAGAGAAUUUGGUUUGCUGAUGAAAAAUGUCGAAGAAAAUGAAAUUCAACUCAAGAAGACUACAGCAGAAUUGGAUGAAAGUCCUAUAUACGAUUUUAAGGAUUUUUUAAAUGAUUAUGAUUUAAGUGAUAAUCAUUUAGAAGAAGGCAGCAUAAUAAUAGAAGAACAAAAAAAAUUAACAAAAGAUGAAUUGAAUGAAGAGCAAAUUAAAGAUGAUAUGCCCCUACUGCAACGGCGUCGAAGAGGUCGUCCUCGCAAAGGAGAAGGUAAAGAGGUCAAGGUAACUAAAACCAAAACAAACAAAUGUAAACAACGUAAUAUCAAAGCAAUAUUUAAUGGCAGUGAUGCAGCUAUUACUACCUUAAAUAAAACUAAUGAAAUUGAUAAGAACCUCUCCACUUGCGAUAUUAAACAAGGACCACAAGUGCUUAACUUAGAAGAAGGAAACACUAAUUCACUUGAUAACAAUGAUUAUGAAACAAAUUUUAAUGAUGAUAGCGAUCGGGAAUCCUUAGAACAUAAUGAUACUCAAACUAAUCAUUCUGAUGCUCCAAAAACCAAACGCAAUGAAAGAGACAAAUUUCUAGAGGAAAAUUUUAAAAUCACCUGUUUCCGGUGUAAUAUUCCAAUGAAAUCCUUCUUUGCUAUGUGCAAACAUUUCGAGGAAAAGCACGAAGAACGAGGUCAUGUCAAAUGUUGUAAUAAGAAAUUUUAUAGACGUAGUGUUCUAGUCGAUCAUGUACAUCGUCAUUUGGAUCCCAACUAUUUUAAGUGCAAUCAAUGCGGUAAAGUGAUGGCUGAUAGACGUUGCCUGGAGUUGCAUGUUGAAAUGCAUGAAGGUAAUGCCGAGAAGAAUCAUUGUUGUGAUAUUUGUGGAAAAGGUUUUGCUAAAAUUGGUGUUUUAAAAAAGCAUAGAAUGAUACAUUUGUCGGAAGAGGAGAAACGUUUUCCAUGCUCCGAAUGCGGCAAAAAUUUUGGCACGAAUUAUUUACUUUCCAGUCAUUAUCGUUCAGUUCACCAAAAGAAAUAUGUAAAAAUAUGUGAUAUGUGCGGAAAAUCUAUACGCUGUAAAGACGUUUUCGAACGUCAUAUGUUACAACAUGAAGGUAAAAGUGCUCCCACGGUAAGCUGUGACAUAUGCGGUUUACGUUUGACUGAUAAUAAAGCCUUAAAACGCCAUAAAGAUAUGAUACAUCCGGUGGGUGGAAAAAAAGAAUAUACUUGUUCAAUAUGUUCAAAAAUAUCACCCAAUUUGAAGGCCCACAAACGACAUGUACAGUACAAACACGUCAUAGGAUAUGAUCACAAGUGCACGAUAUGUGAAAAGGCUUUUAAACGAGCUCAAACUUUAAGGGAACAUAUGGCUUCUCAUACGGGUACAGUUUUAUAUACCUGCCCUUGGUGUCCGAAAACUUUCAAUUCUAAUGCCAAUAUGCAUAAUCAUCGUAAGAGGGUUCAUCCCAAGGAAUGGGAGGAAACAUCAAGAAAAAGAUAUUCUGGAAAUUUGCCACCUAAUUUUAAACCUCCAACAAUAACCCAGUCUACAGAUUUUAAUGUGCCAAUAGAUAUGUAAUACUCAGAAAAUA